AUGCUAUCGGGUAAAGGUGCAUUUUAUAUUAUAUUAAUCACUUUAAUAACAUUUGCAAAUAAUGUCUCAACAUUAAAUUGUUUCAUUUGUGGUGAUGCAAAUUUAGAUGAAUUUGGAGAAUGUAGUACACAAUUUCAAUAUGAUUGUACAAAUUAUUCAAAACGAUUUAAUGAUAAUGAGGAUAUAUUUUGUAGGACGACGAGACAGAAAGCUAUCAAUAAUACAUAUACAAUUAUGAAAGAGUGCAUCUCAGAGAGUGAUCAUUUUAAAACAUUUCCUAAAAAAGCAUCAAAAUUUAAUGAAGAAUGUGAUUUAGUUGAUAUUAAUGGUAUGGAAGUUGCAUAUUGCUUAUGUAGAUCAGGUGAUUACUGUAAUCAAAAACCAAUAUCAGAACAAUUUAUAAAAUUUGAAGAAGAACAUCCAGAACUUUUUGAUAAUGAUGAUACAGAUAGUACAUUAAAAGCAUCGUCUAAUGAUAUAAAUAUGAAAACAAUGAGUGAAAAUAAUGAUUUAAAACGCCAUCCAUCUAAUGAUAAUUUAGAAAAAAAUACAGGAAUAGAUAAAGAUGUCUUACCGGCUAGUUUUAUAAAAACAUCAUUUCCAAUAACAGAUAUUUCACCUAAUAAGCCAAUUAUUCCUGAAAAUGUUAAUGGAAAAAAAUUUGGAAAUGGUCUUAAUAAUAUUAAAAAAAUAAUUCCAUCUAAUGAGGAAUUAUAUUGUUAUCAAUGUGCUCAAGGAAAAUUGGAAGAUGAAGAUUCUGAUUGUACAGAAUCAAAAAUUGUUGAUUGUUCAUCAUUGUCAACGGCAAGUGUAAGUGGUAAAAACUAUUGUUUUACACGACAAAUUAUUCUUGGAAAACAAAAAAAUGCUGUUGAAAAGAUGUGUGUAUCACAUGAAGCAUUAAUUCAAGAGUAUGGAAAUGAUGUUAAAAUUGAUAAAUGCGAAACUAGUGAAAACGGAAAGAUACGCUAUUGUGUUUGUAAAGAAAAUGAAUGUAAUAAAAAUUCCAUAUCAUUACAGAUAUCUAAGGAAAUGAUGCUAACAAAUAAAGAAAUAAAUUCUAAAACAAAUACAUUAAAAAUUGAAUCAUCUAAUGUUGAACCAAUAAAAGCAAUUGUUAAUCAACGUCUUUCAUGUAGUAUUUGUUCACAAAGUGAUUUAACUCAUGCUACUGCAGAUUGCUCUAAUCAGCUUUCAACUGAAUGUCCUACAAAUGGUGAUAAAAAGAAUUUUUGCUUAACAAGGCAAACACAAUUAUCUUCUGGUUUAUUUAAUAUUGAAAAAAGAUGUAUUUCUGAGGUAGAAUUUAGAGAAAACUUUCCUGAAGAACAGUUACAUAAUAGUGAAUUACAAGUUGGUUGUGCAUCUGUAUUUGAUGGAUUCGUUAAUUAUUGUAUAUGUGAUACAAGUAAUUGUAAUAAAGAAGCAUUAAUUGGACAAGUUCAAAAAAUAAACAAUAUAAAUGAAUUCUCAAGUGACAAUGAUAAUAAAAUAAAAGAAUCAACUAAUAAUGAAAAAAAAAUUCAACAAUCAACAACAACAACAAUUGUUAAUUCAAAAUUACCUCAAAUAGAACCAAUAAAUUCACAUUCUAUUCUUGUACCUGUUAAAGGAAAUUCUUUAGAUAAACCAAUAUUAACUUCUAAAGCAACAUCAGUUAAAGGUUUUAAUGAUGUUGAAAAUAAUGAAACAAAAUUAUUAAAUAUAAAUAAAGUAAAUAAUGAUAAUGAUGAUGAAAAUACAACAAAAUCAAUAUUUGAUCUUAAUCGUGAUCGUUUAGAAAAAUGGAAGGAAUCUGAAGUUUAUUCAACAGCUAUGUCAGGUAAAAUAUUAUCAACUUUCUCAUUUACAAAUUUAUUAAUAUUUGUAAUUUUUGCUUAUAUAUUAUCUUUAUUAUUGAAUAACGAAUUGUAA